GUUAGUCGACUUCUUGUAACUGCCAAUCAUCGUCGCGUAGGAUCCGAAGCAAUUGCCUAGCUUUUACAAGUGGAGUGCUUUUCAUUGUGUGCUGUUUGUUGAUACACCUACCUGUAUCAUCUAUCAACACUUUGUCUCCAACCUUUGUCUCCAACCGACUUGAACAUUUCCCACUCCUCAAUUUCAUCCUCCCAAUCGCAUCCAUAAUACCAACCAUCAUGGAUUCCAGUUCGGUCAAAGGGCUGGUUGAUCCGGCCAUAUUCGAUCAACUACAGCGGAAGAUCGAUGAAGACGCGGUGGUCCAGGAGGGGCUUCGUGAAAUCGUGGAUCGUCUAGAAAAACAAAGCAAAUCUACCAAAGCUGCAUUGUCUAAAACGCAUGCCAUUCCUUCCAAGUCCUUGGCCUCAGUAAUUCAAGCAUCAGAAGCAUCAAUACGCCAGCAGCUGCCAGCUCUAUCGAAAUUGGUGCAGGUUGCCUCGCAGCAUCCGUAUUAUCGAUGGAACGGGAUCUGGUCACGACAGAUUCAGGACCUGGUUUUCGACAUUGUCUACUGCGGAUGGUUAGGAGGGUUCGCCAACCAACCAGGCCAAUCUGAAGGAAGAAAGGAAAUUGGGAAGCUCCUGACCAUCGACGAAGUUGCGGACAUCAUGCAAGGCAAGAUGCCGGCGAACCUGAAAGAUCGAGACGAAUUCCAUCUGACCAUCGAGGAGUAUUUACAUGCCCUGCUCUCUCUUAUUGAGGAACUUUCGCGCCUCGCUCGGAAUUCCGUCACGCUCGGGGAUUACGAGCGGCCGCAGCAAAUCAGCCGGUUUAUCAAAGAUCUCCACAGCGCAUUCCUCCUCUUGAACCUCAAGAACGAUGCGCUGCGGAAGCGAAGUGACGGUAUCAAGUACAAGAUGAAGGAGGUUGAAGAUGUGGUGUACGACCUCACGCUGCGCAACUUGCUGCCCAAGUCUCCGUGAUCUCUCAGCAUUUGAGGGCAUUAGUUUGUAGCCUAAACUCCCCCAGUGGGCCUAGCAGACACGUCCGUUAUUUUAGCCAUCUGCUCAAAAAUGACCUUGCUAGACUUGGUUGGUCGUGGUUGGCCCCUGUCUCUCGUUUCCAUUUCUUCAUAGCCCGAUUGGCCCUUCUGGCAUCAACGGAGGCAGUCCAGAGGUAGGCAAACAGGAAGCAGGCGCCCAAC